AUGACUGAGAAGAGUUCAGCCCAAGUCCCACUGCUGCCUGCCCCCACUUCUCUCACCUUUGUGCUGUGCUCCUGGCUCCAUUGGCAGUGUUCCUUGCAGGUCAUCAACCGCUGGGCAGAGUGGAGAACACCAUUCCUGCUUCUCCUCCUCCUCGUAUUGUGUCUGCUCCGAGGUUCUUCUUGGGCCCCUCCAUACAGAGAACCCCAUCUCAGAUGGCUGUGGGCUGCUACAAAUGCAUUGAAGGGCCCACGACUGGUAUCUGGGGAGCUCGGAGGAGCUGUCACCAUCCAGUGCCAUUACGACCCCCUGUCAGUCAACAGGCACCAGAGGAAGUACUGGUGCCGUGUGAGGCCUCCAAUAUGGACCUGCCACACCGUCGUGUCCACCAACCGCUACAUCCACCGUGGCUACCGUGGCCGUGUGGCUCUAGCAGACUUCCCACAGAGCAGCUUGUUUAUAGUGAAGCUGUCCCAACUAUCCAUGGAUGAUGAGGGAAACUACCGCUGCGGCAUUGGGGACAGCAACAACAGGCUGUUCUUCAGCAUGAAUCUGACAGUCUCUGCAGGUUCCUCCAGCUCCCUCCCCACAGUCCCUCCCACUGUUGGCAAAUUCCUCAUGGAAUCUUUUGGAACUGCAUCACCAAGGGCCCAAAGAUGGUCUUCAGGAGCCACCCAGACUCCAGAAGGACAAAGGACAAAAUGGGACAGAGUUGCUCCAACUACAGAAAUCAGAAAAACCACAGCUUCAGCUGAAAGAAGUCAAACCCCAGUAACAGUCAGGGCGGUCACUCUAGGGACAGACAGUGCCCAGGCCCAGGAAAUGCUACCAGAAGCAACUAUAGUAUCUAAGCAACCAGCCCUGGGCUCCACGGAAGGAGCAACGCCAGCUGCUGGUCCACGGACCUUGAACACCACCCACAGAGAGACAGCAUCUGUGGAAGGAAGCACUGAGGAGGACCUAAGAAGCGUAGCUAGAGGCCAAGGUCCCCGAGCGAGGCCGAGCAAGGGCCUGGCAGCAGGUCCCCAGAGGCCCUCUGGCAAAGGGGCAUCCAGGAAGAGUGCCUUUGCAGAAGCUGAAAGUGGCUCUCGGAUCCUGACUCCAUCCUUCGUCAUGCUGGCCCCAUUUCUGCUUGUGGCUCUGGUGCUACUGAAAAAGAGGCUCUGGAGGAAGAGGAGCUCUCAGGAAGCAGAAAGGACACCAAAAGUCACCUUGAUUCAGAUGACACGCUUCCUGGAGCUGAACCUCCAACCAGACCAACUGCCCAAUGUGGAAGGGAGGACACUGCAGAGUCCUUCUCCUCCUCCUCCUCUUCCUCUUCCUCUUCCUCCUCCUUCUCCCCUCCAAGACAGCCUGACCAUCCUGAAGAGGGACCCAGGACCCUGAGCAAUGGGGAGAUAAAGGCCUUAGUCAUAAAGGAAGGAGGAGGACCAGGUGCCUCCAUGACUCCAGCUUCUCACAUCCUUCCUCUGCCUGGGUGGAGUGAUGCUGAUAGAGCUGGGGCUGCACCUGGAGAAGCAGCUGUGACCAUCUGGACCUCAUAGCCGAAGGUGACAGUACAGCU